AUGGGUUCUGACGAUGAAUUGCCUGCGCGCAAUGCACCUUUCCAUGACCCGCAAAUAACUUCAACGCAUUCAAUUUCACAUCAAGGAAGAGCGAAGAUGUUCCACCCUCUUCCAGGGCAGCUUAUCAAAGAUUGUCAGCGUCAAUGGGCCGAUAGCUUAAAUAGGUCUCAAAAGUACCACGAAGCUACUAUCGCUAAUCAUGUACCAGGAGCAACUGAAAUUCCUGUUCCCUCCAUGAAGAUAGUCGCAAGGACACCACGGCCAAGCGAAUCAAAUGUAGGCACCAACACAAAGUUAAAUGAUCGCGAUGUUUUCUUUUCUCUGGCACAAGGCAACGGAAUGCUCAAGAUAAGUGUAGACGCGAUGACAGAAUUUAUUUGUGACUAUGCUAAUCGUUGGCACUCUGCUCUCCCAUCCAGUGAUCCAAGCAAAGUAACACCUAAUAGAUAUCUUCCUGGUACUGUUCCAAUGUUUGCCUACUGGUCCACUUACUUCCACGAAGUCAUGGAGCAAGGACCAAAGCAUGCUGCAGCAGAACUGACCAAGAGAUUUUCGCGAGAAGAGUUUUGGCAGUUGCGCUAUAUUUUCUUCCUUAUUCAAACGGGUUCAGAAGAACGCGACUUUUUUGGACAUAUAGCUGUCUGUGCUAUCUCUCCAGAAGCCAAGACGAUUGAUUAUCUCUGUAGCGCCGACGAUGACGGUCUCAAACUCCGAACUGGCCGAAGCGAGUUACAAGACGAGGAGGAACCUGACUGCGGCGUAUACACAAUAUGCAACAUCAUGUGCCUUGCUUUUGGAUGGGAGUUAUCUUAUGGUGCAAGACGCGGACCAGAAAUACAGAACAGUCGAAUUCGUAUCUGCAGUACUCUCCACGUUAGUGGUUUCAGAGGCUUUAACCCCGCUAAAGGUGCUGACAACACGUUUUACUACCCUCUGAAUAACCUCUCGCCUCCUAACUCUUUAACUGAUGGUUUCGUUGGAAUUCUCAAUUUUUCUGGACUCAUGAUCAAUGAAACUCUCACUGCAGAAGUCCGCCGUCGCUCACCAAUGUACUAUGGCUGUCCUGACAAAGAAACGCUAUAUGCACAUUGCGAUCGAAACAAACGAUUCUACCCAAACUUCGACAAAGUAGGAAUUAGCGGACGUCUCGUCUCGUUUGCCAAAUUUCUUUCCCGGGUUGAACGUUAUGAUCUUGCUAGAGAGAGGGAUGUGGCGCCGUUCCCAAAACCUUAUCUACCUAGUGGUUCCAACGGGAGCAAAGAUUGGAUUCCACCUAAUGCCCACUGGCCGACUCCAAGACUCUGGUAA